AUGAAUUCAUUGAAUGUUUUAAACCAUUUGACUUUCAUGCAUCUAAUAUGGUGGUUGGUAACGUGCUCUCAAACGGACACCAUUAUAUCGCAUAACUUUCCUGUUAUUGUCAGUUCAAACUGCCGUUCACUUCCCAACAAAAUUAUGAACCCCCAGUCUCUCUUAUCAUCUGAUACUUAUCACAAUACG